ACAGUAUAUUCGAAAAUAAGAAUGUUUACGAAAUCUACAUUAAGUAUGGAAGUUCGAAUAUUUUAAAUUACAAUAAUAUAUAUAAGUUAGAAUAAGCGGAUAUUACAAAGCUUUCAUUAUCGCUACACUCUUCCAAUCGUCAUUUCGUUGCGAUGAUACUCAGUAAAUUGUUUACGCGGUUAACGAAUGCUCGUACAUCUUUCGUUUUUAAUCUCGCCGAUAAAUCAGUAUUGCGCGAACAUGUCAGAUGGAUACAAUUCACGUAUUAUACUGACAAGAGCAAAAAUAUUCCCGGUGAAACUGAAAAAAUGAAUAUGUAUCAAGCAAUAAACAAUGGACUUCGAAUUGCAAUGACAAAGGAUCCUAAUGCAGUGAUAUUUGGGGAAGAUGUUGGAUUCGGAGGAGUAUUUCGUUGUACGAUAAAUUUACAAAAAGAAUUUGGCAAAGAACGAGUAUUUAAUACACCGCUUUGCGAACAAGGAAUUGCUGGUUUUGGAAUUGGUUUAGCUACUGCUGGCGUAACAGCAAUCGCAGAAAUUCAAUUUGCUGAUUAUAUAUUUCCCGCUUUUGAUCAGUUGGUAAAUGAAGCGGCGAAAAUGAGAUACCGAAGUGGAGGAGAAUUCGAAUGUGGUAAGUUAACAGUUCGGGCACCUUGCGGUGCCGUCGGUCAUGGUGGUCUCUAUCAUUCGCAAAGUCCAGAAGCUUAUUUUGCUCAUACACCAGGAUUAAAGAUCGUUAUGCCCCGCGGAGCGAAACAGGCGAAAGGUCUUUUGUUAAGCUGCAUAGAGGAACCGGAUCCCUGCAUCAUGUUCGAGCCGAAAAUAUUGUACCGUACUGCAAUAGAUGAUGUGCCGACAGCUCAUUAUAAGAUAGAGAUCGGCAAGGCUGAGAUUGUGAGAGAAGGUGAUGCAGUGACACUGGUGGGCUGGGGAACUCAGGUGCACGUACUAUUGGAAGUGGCAGAUCUCGUUCAGGAGGAGCUUGGGGCGUCCUGCGAAGUAAUAGACCUGAUUUCUAUCCUGCCUUGGGAUACGGAACUCGUUUGUAAGUCGGCGAAGAAGACUGGCCGCGUGAUAAUCACCCAUGAAGCUCCGUUAACGAAUGGCUUUGGAGCAGAAAUAGUUUCGAUCAUUCAGGAAGAGUGUUUUCUGCAUUUGGAAGCACCGAUACAAAGGGUCACAGGCUGGGAUACUCCCUUUCCUCACAUCUUCGAGCCAUUUUAUCUUCCAGAUAAAUGGCGAUGUUUCGCAGCUGUUAAGAAUAUUCUGAACUACUGAAGAAUCAGAAAUAUUGUACUUAAGCAGGACAUUAAAUUGGACAUUAAUCCUAAUAUAUAAUAGUUGAAAAAAUAACUAGUUAAAAAUUUCGAAUAAAAUUACUUUAAGUAAUUACUUAUUAAAAUGCUUGAAUAACAUUUA